GUACGUUGUUGCCAGCCAGAAGAUGAUAAUGGUGGUACAAUACAAAAACGCUGGCUUAGGGUGCGUUCGAGCCAUACACGCCUAUUAAAUUCCGUGUAUUUGACAGGUAAACGCACGGCUUUACACCACGGGAGGUCCCCGCAUUCGAGCACAAACUUGUCAUGUCUAACCGUGUAAAAAUUUACCCCGGAAAUACUUGUUUGAGGUCAGCGAGGCAAUAGUAUAUCCCAUCAUGCCACGCAAUAUUUACGUUUCUAACCACGCUUCACGCACUUCUACUUCGCUAAAUAUUCGAUUGUUAUUCUGUAUUCAUUCACGUUGUUCGACGAGAUUUUGUUUAUGAUGGUGUUUGUUCCGUAUCAGCAGGUAAUUUUACUGCUGUCCAACAUCAUGACCACGAUGAUGCGGGUUUAUAUUGAUGGAAUAAAUGCUCAGAAUGAGGCAAAUCUCGCGGCUAUGCGACACAUGAGAAGGCGAAGAAGGGCCCGCCGACAGGCUGUUCUGCAAGCUGCCCUCGCUUACAAUCAGCGAGUAAACCCCGUCGAACGACAAUUUUUGGGGCCACGAGUUUCAGCUUGGUGGGAUGCAGCACCAAGGCAGGAUGAUCGUUUCUGGAAAGAAAAUUUCCGAAUGUCUCAGCCGGUUUUUAAUAUCCUAUGUGAUAUCCUAAGACCCCGCCUUCAGCGAGAUGCUUUGAAUGGAUUUUCUGUAGAGAAAGUGGUUGCACUAGCGUUGUAUAGAUUGUCUACACCGUCUGACUUAAGAACAAUCGCAAAUUUGUUUGGAGUCGGAAGAUCGACAGUAUGUGAAUUAGUGCAGGAGGUUUGUGUUGCCAUGAUAGAUGUAAUGAUGCAGCAAUACAUCGUGUGGCCAACAGGCAAUCGUCUUCGACGGACAAUACAAGCAUUUGAAGAAAAACAUGGCUUCCCACAGUGUGCUGGUGCAGUCGACGGCACACAUAUCCCAAUCAUUGGUCCUGCUAAAAACCCUGCAGAUUACCACAACAGGAAAGGCUGGUAUUCAAUGAUUCUACAGGCCGUUGUAGACAACAAAUUAAGAUUCACAGACAUAAAUGUGGGAUUUCCCGGACGUGUUCAUGAUGCACGGGUGCUGCGAAACUCAACUCUGUAUGAGAAGGGUCAAAAUGGAGAUUUAUUUCCAGCGUGGUACAAGGAAAUAAAUGGAACACCAAUGCCAAUUGUAAUUCUCGGAGACCCAGCAUACCCACUGUUGCCUUGGCUAAUGAAGGGAUUCUCUGAAGGGGCAAAUUUUGGUCAACAAGAAAGAACAUUCAACUACCGAUUAAGCCGUGCAAGAAUGGUUGUAGAAAGGGCAUUUGGCCAGUUAAAAGGGAGAUGGAGAAUCUUGAUGCGCAGAAAUGACUCUGCUUUGAAAGCGAUCCCACAAAUGGUGACUUCCUGCUGCAUUCUCCACAAUUUUUGCAUUGAACACAAUGAAGUUUACGAAGCUGGAUGGGAUCAAAUGCAUGUCAUUUAUGAACAACCACAGGCUGACCCUGUGCAUGACGUUGUACCUUCUGCCGAUGACAUUAGAAAUGCUCUAUUGGGGUACUUUAGAUAGUAUUUUGAUGCUGAAUGAAUUUGAAUGUUGCACACUGUACAUGUCCCCGGAGCCAUCCAUUAUUUUAAUAAUGUACAAGACGUCACAUACCCCCUUAAAUGACAGGAAAAACUUGAUGACCCUGGUUGGGUGUUUACAAAAUAGAAAGAAAAUUUUUUUUUAUUUUUAAGUAAACAUGUACUAAAUGUAUGAUUUGUAUUCAUAAAUACAGUAUUCACAACAAUGAUUACAUGCACAUAAACAUUUCUUUUAAUAAAACCGUAGAGAUUAAUGUAGAAAUUAUAUACAUUAACACUCAUUGAAAAAUUUAUAGUUAGUGUGGUAUAUAUGGAGACAAUAUUCUAGCUUAAUAUCAACAUGCACCUUUAUUUACCGCUAUUUUCAUAAUUCACAUAAUGCACAAUGAAGAAAUAUACAGAGAAAAAAGAAAUACCUGGAUGUAUUCUAUCACAUGUGAUAUUACUGAUUAGAAUAUUUACAUUAUUUCAAACCUUACUGAUAAGGCAAGAAUUGUUCAUGCCUUGUCUAGAGGUCUUCGAAAAGCAGGGGAAAAAUUCUUUGUUCAUUCUACUAAGAGGAGAAAAUUCAAGAUUAAUAAAGGGUUGGGUAAAAUUGUAGUAGAGGUGACCCGCCCUAUACAAGAUCCCACCAGUGGCGGAUUAAAAUUUUAAGUGGGAGAGUGCCAUUUUUUGUCAUCUAGCGGUACCAUAUUCAUAAAUUUUCUAACCUACUUCAUGCAAAUAAUAUGCUAAUAUAUAAAACCAGCCACUGCCGACUGCAGGUUUGCAUAAGUUAUUCUUCGAAUAAUAAGAAAAAGUCUAAGCUAUAAUGAGAUAAAAACACAAUUUAAAAGCAUGCUGAUAAAAAGUUAGAACAUUAAAUUUAACAUGACAUUCAGAUUUUUACAAAGAAAAACGUUCAGGCCGCUUUGGCGUGCUCUGUGCUAUCGGUGACCAAAUCACAGGGACUGAAGCACU